CACAUUUCCGCAUGUCAGUAAAAACAAGUUUUUGAAGUAAACCAUAGGUGUUCUGCUGGCUUUCACUUUUACAUGAGGCCAAGAACAACUAAACAUGUACAGACUUUCGGUCACAUGAUGCGAAGCCUGAACAGACAGCAGCUGCAAGGUGCCGCCUCUUCUCAGCGAAACACAUUUCGGGGUAUUUUCUAAAACAGGAUUUUGGGCUGAAAACCAAGGACACAUGCUGAAGUUAAAGCAAAAGUUUGACUUGCACAAUGAUGUGGUGUGUGAUAUCCUCAGGAAAGAGGCGUCUGUCUGCAGGGUGAAAGAAUACUCUGGUGCAGUGGACACUCGUAUCCUGAAUAUUGAGAGAGAUGGGGGCAUCCUUUACUCCUGGAAGGGAGCAACAGGGACCACCAGGAUUGGGAAGUACGACUCAAACACCAAACAGAACAAGCUCCUGUACUCAUUUGACAAGAAGGUGUGUGUCAGCAGCUGUUCCCUGAACAAAGAGGAGACGCUGCUGGCUGUCAGCUUGGCACAAAACACCAGAGGAGACGAGCGCCUCAGACCAAUAUCCAAGUGUCUAACCCUCCUGAUUGAGAUCCAUCCCAUCAACAACACUAAAGUCCUGAAGGCAGUUGACUGCAGGGUCAAAGUACAGUUCCUCCACGAAGAAGCCGACAGGAGAUCAGUGCUGGAGAGCCACCUGCUCCUGCUGACAGAAGAUGGAUAUGUGGAUCUGUACCAUGUUCUGCUCACCAAACAGGAGGGUUAUAGGGUGGUGAUGGCGAAUCCUGAUCGUUUGCCCAAAACUGUGGAGAGACUAGUUGAGGAUUUAAUUUGGGUCCAGUGGGACGGACACGCACAAAGACUCUACUAUCUCGCACACAAGGACAACUUCCUGCUGCGAUGUAUUCAGUUUUACCCUAACCAUAACCGCGAAACUGUGAUGGAGCUGCCGUUAGAGCUGCCUGCUAAUCCUUUCCGCACCUUCAAGUUUGUAAACCUGGGCUUUGACCAUUAUCACAUGGAGAGACCAGAACAGGAGCUUGUUAGAAUGGAAGUGUUCACAAACAGAAUCGAAAGAAGCAUGUGUGUUUGCUACAGCCAACCUCUUAAAGACAAACAGGAACUGAUAUACACAAUGGUUUUAGUUCACAAAGACUGCAGAAAGACGUUCAGAGUAUCUCUGGGCGGUGAGCAGUCGCAGCAGAAAACCACACAGCUCCAUCCACUCUUCAUCCCCAUAGGUUACUACAUCCUGGUGUAUCUGCAGGAUUAUUUCCUCCACUGUAUCAACACCAGGCAGCAGGAGAUGCUCUGCCACUCCCUCUUCCUGUCUGGUCCUGAUGUGGACUUGGGCCUGCAGUGUCAGUCAGCCAACCUCACAGUGUUGCAUGCAGAGGAGGAGCCUUGUGGUAGUCUGCUGGACCUGGCCAGUGGGAAGAUCCACACUGCCGAGCUUAGCCGUGCCUAUCUGCUGCAGAUACUGCGCUCAGACACGGCUUCUAGGUGUCCCAGCAGUAAGGCUGACCCUCAGCACCUGGCCGCCCUCCACUGCCUGCUGGUUUACAUGGGAAACGACCCAAACCUGGAGCUGAAGAUUAUUGAGUGGCUGUGCGACAACGUGAACGCCUUCGACUCCUUCGAUCAGAUCCAGGAGUUCAUUCUAGCGUCUUUAUACAGAAUAAGCUAUGAGAAGUCUCUCAGCCUGGAUAAAGUCCUGCCUUACUCCUCUGUAUUCGACAUGAAGGAGGUACCAGCGUGUCUGUUGACGAUCCCCAGUGUGUUGUGCACCACUGAGCUGCAUAUUGAGUCCGUGUUAAAAGGGAAGGGUUUCUGGACCGAGCUGCAGUGGAACACUGAGAGGACAAAAUAUCUGGAUGCCGUUCCCAACCCCAGAUACAGAACCUCACACAUACAGGCCGACUGGGACACACUGAGGUCCGAGAGGCGACCAUCCAGCCACAUGAAUCACAUGGAGGAGAACACAAAGAAAGUUCUAUCCAUGGUGGACACGUGGUGUCUGGAUAAGAAGCUGGUGCCACUUUUCCAGGAGGAGGACCAUCAACAGAGGUUGCUCAUAGGCCUGACAGUUGACAAGCUUCGGGAGCAUCUCAACAGACACCUGCCUCGACUGGGGAAGAAGAAGAUUGACUCACUGGUUGUCUGCUAUGUGGCCAAACUGCUGGAGCUCAUCAGACACAUGCUGGAGUCAGUCUGGCUGAAGUACAAACUCGGCCCUCGUGUUUUGUGCCUGGCACAGCAGGGCAGUCCAGCCGAAUGGUCCGUGUUUCACUUCAUGUUUCGGAUCCUGGAAGCCACGAGGGGUCUUUGCUUGCCACUCCCACCUGGCUAUCACACCCUUUUAGCAGUGUUUGCUGUGCGUUGCCUCCCUCAUCAGACCUUCCUGCAGUACAUUGAUCACGGUUUCCUGCAGCUCACUGAAACCUUCCUGUCUCGGCUCAUGACAGAUCUGGACAACAGUGACGCCAACGAGAGACUCAAGUUCAGCAUACUUAAGAGACUCCCUGAGCCUAUGGAGCAGAGGAUCUACCAUAUGUGGGAUCAUCCUGUCAGUUCAGCAUCAAUCUCCAGAGAUUAUGUCAGGACUCUGCUGGAGAAACGCAACAGAAACAAGGGAUUUGCAUUCACUGGCAGAGACAAGCCCGGCUUCAGACCUGAGUUUCUGCCUCUUACAUACCUGGCAAAAACACUCUCUGAUAUUGAGGAACAAGCUCUGAACCCGUUUGAGGAGCAGGAGAACGUGGAUGCCAGGUUUGUGGAGGAGACGGCUCUGAAACAGACACUAAUACUGCUGGGCUUUGAGGAAAAAUGAAGAAUGUGGAGGAAGGCGGAGGGGCGGAUGGGGGCGGCGGAUGGAUGGAUGUGCGGAGAAACAGAUGAGGGGGAAAAUGCGUUUGAGAGCACAGUCAUCAUUGACUGGGCCUUGAGGAUACGUAAUGGAUGGAUGGAUGAUGGAGGGCCAGAAGUGAGAGAUGAAUGGAAAGAUUGAAAGGCAGAGCGCUCAUAAACAAGCUCUCGCUGGUUGAUGACAAAUUAGGGUGGGGCGGGGGGAUAGAUGGAUGGAGAGGAACGGCCCAGAGAGGAAAGAUGGAGCUGAGAACAGGAGGCAGCCCUGUCUUUUUUUAUUUUUUUAUUUUUUUAUUUUUAGUAAAUCCUGAGGUGUGGGAGGGACAGUAUGAACAGGACCAAAAAAUUAUAACACAAUAGGGAACACAGUUAGAUCUUAGGUGAAUUCAAUUUCAGGAAACAUACUUUUCAAAUAUUUAUUGAAAAUCAAUAACUGCGGGCAGCUAUUUAUAUGAACUCAAUUUCUAUAGCAGCACCAGUUCUCUCCAGCACCUCCUCAACUUCUCCACCUUCUCUCAUACAAUUUAUGAACGGCGAUGUCAAAUUUUCCAAGCAGUAUUUAUAAAUCAAACACGCUUGUUUAUCCUCCUGUGCUUCCUCUAACGCUGCUGCACACCAUCAACUAGAUUACAUACUGACAAAAGCUUUGCAGACAGAGUAGCCUGAUGUGGUCCAUCAGUGGCUGCUAUGCAUUAAAUCUGAUUUCAAGUUAUACAGAAUCUUUGCAAUCUUAGAAAGUGGCUCAGGUAUAACACAGGGAGGGUAAGUGGCCCUUUUUGUAAAAUGUAAAAUGUAGAAAUUAACAUGGACUCUUUGCAGGAAAUACACCGAUUAUUACUUCAUACCAAAUCUAAAUGAAGAGAUUACGUGAAGAGUGGCAGAUGAACUCGAAGGAUUUCGAGCUAAGACGUGGAUUCAACAAAAGCCACUAAAACCUGAUUUCAUUAAGAUGUCUGAAAUAUUUAGGAAAUUCAUGAUUUGUUGCAGGCUGUUGUAUGGACAAUAAGGGCCGGAUAUCAUUUAAAAUGUUUGAAGCUAGUGUUCCCUUACUUUGAGAAAUAUAAAUAUGUUUCUCAAAGUAACUGCAUAACAGCUCUGGCUAACGAAGAUAAAUCUUCAUAAGCAGUAAAACACACCCUUGCUUUCUUCAAUACACUCCUUACAAGGUCUGAUAUGACCAGGGGCUUGUGGUGGCUAAUGUUGGCAGUACUGACCCAGUCAGUUGUUAUAGUAUGUCCAGUUAUGACUCUUCUCUAUUUUGGCAAGUGUUACACUAUAUUUAAAAUAAGCAAACAAGUUUAUGAAUCGAGCAGAGAUUUGGUGCCCAGCUUUCACUAUUUGACAGUUUGGUACUCUGUGCUACAUUCACUGGCAAAAAAAGUACUGAUACCCAGCUCUACUUAAUAAUUAAUACACUAUACAUAAUACAUGAGGGGAAAACAGCAGACUUCAGUUACUUUACAGUAACUUUAUUUAUGUAGCGCACUGCAAAAUCAAUCAGAGCACGCUUUGCAAACCAGAAAAUCAAACAAGAUAUUACAGGGUUAAUAAGGCAAAAAGAACUAAAAGAAAAAAAAAGAAAAGACAUCACUCGGUCUAUACAGACGUGCUCAAACGUCUGGUUCAAAUUACAUGACCGAGUGCCCUCAAUCGUGAGUGAGCUCUUACUGUAAGUGGAGAAAUUCUCUGGUGGCAGCGCAUGUGUGUGGUGUGUGUUAAUCAUCUGAGACCAAAUACCAGAGAUUAUUUACAUCUCGUGUUGUGCUUUGAUUUGAGAAAUUACGUAACAUUCCUGUGAAAGAAAAAAGGGAUUUCUGUGCCGCUCAUGUUUCUUAUGUUUACACAAAAAAGCUUUGUAAGAUGAAAUGUGAAUAAAGAGAUUUUUUUCAUGCAUAAUA